AUGGUGUUUGUGGUCGUCUCGGAUGUGGAAGAAAUCGAGCUGGAGGAGGAGCUUGAAGAUGUGCUUGAAGACACGGAGGUGGAGGAAGCAGUGGAAGACGAAGUGCUUGUGCUGCUGGUGCUGCUCGAGCUACUGCUGCUGGAAAGGCUACUGCUGGAGCUGCUGCUGCUAGUGCUACUGCCUGUCGAGGUUCCACUCGCCGUUGUGCUGGAGGACGAGGUCGUGGUGCUGCCAGUGCCCGUUGUAGUAACAGUCUCCGUCCUUGUGCUUGUCUGCGUUCGGGUGCUCGACGAAGUGGAGCUACUAGUGCUGCUCGAUGCUGAGGUCGAGGAUGAGCUGCUGGAAGUGCUUGAGCUGCUGGAAGUGCUUGUGGAAGUCUGGGUGGUAGAUGUGACGGAGCUGCUUUUGGUGGUCGUGCUGCUGCUCGUGGACGAGGUCGUGGUGGUCUGCGUGAGCGUUGUGGAGCUAGUGUGGGAAGUGCUGGAAACACUGCUGCUGGAAGAACUGCUGGUGGAUGAGGUGGUACUGCUCUGGCUUGUUGUGGAGCUAGUGGUGGUACUGGUGAUUGUAGUCGUUGUCGAGGUGAUAGUGCUCGAUGCGGAAGUUGUCUUCGUCUCUGUGGUGCUUGACGACACUGUUGUUGUUGAGCUGCUGGUGGUUGUCGUCCAGCUGCUCGUGACCGAGGUUGUGGAGGAACCUGUCGACGUCACGCUGCUGCUGCUUGUCUGGCUGGUGCUUGAUGUCGCCGUGUCCGUUAAGGUGGAUGUCGUGGAUGUUGAACUGGUACCUGUUGAAGUGGCGGUGUCUGUGCCUGUCGAGGUGCCUGACACAGUUGUGCUGGAAACGGACGUGCUCGUCGAGGAAGAUGUGGUGGAAGAUGACUCUGUGAUAGAUACUGUCGAGGAAACAGAAAACGAGGUAGUUGACAAAGUAGCUGUUGCAGACGUUGUCCCAGAAACCGUUGAAGUCAAGGUCUUGCUGCUACUGCUUGAGGAGCUGGUCCCUGAACGACUCGUACUGCUACUGGUCUCUGUCGCAGUCUCUGUCCAUGUGGAACUUGAUAUAGUUUCCGUCUGGGUGAAAGCGAGUGUGAUCGAGGAGGUGGCCGUGACUGUGGUAGGUGUCACAGUGGUGGAGGCUGUGGCAGUCAGAGAAGUGGAGCGAGUGGCUGUCGUUCCAGUUGUGGAGACUGUUGUCGUGGAUGUUCCCGAAGUUGUCGAAAUCCAGCUGGAUGAGCUACUUUGGGUGAUUGAAUCUGACGUAGAGGUGUGCGAAACGGUGGUGGAUACGGGCGCUGAGUAG